AUGGUAGACGAAAUAUUUUGAGUAGAUUUCUUUUGCUUUAAAAUAAACACAUCCCUGCAACAUGGAUUACAUAAAUUAUAAUCCUGCAAGUGAGCCUAUGCUUUCCGAAAAUACUUUUGCUAUGGACUUGGAUGAAAUUGCUGUUACUUUCGGGCAAAUUGAGAAGAUCGUCGACUAUGAUGAAAUGCAGCGGCGCCCUGUAGUCGAUGAUGCGAAAAUGGAAGAAACUGUUGAAGAAUUAACAACAGAAUUCAGCACUGUCGCAUUAACGGAUAAGUCCAAGAAGCGCAAGCAAUAUAGUGAGCACAGCAUUAGACGGUUGAUUCACUGAAUCCAAGAGGCUGGGCUUACAGUUCCCAAAGCUGCGGUUGAGUGUGGCAUUCCGAGGUCCACCGCUUAUAAGUUUUUAGAUCAGUGGAAUGCUAGUGAUGGUACAGUCCUUCCUGGUAGCAAGCCAAGAACCGGCAUCUCUCGACCAAAGAAGCUUUUUGCAGAACAUACUGAGUUUCUUAUAGCAUUAUUUGAUGCGAGACCUUUGAUAACAAUUGAAGCUGCAAGACAGGAGCUCUAUGCCAAAUUUGAAGGUUUGAGUAGACGUCUCAAAAAUCUGGUUUGUACUGUCCAUUCAUAUGGCAGCUUUGUUUAAAUCCAACGCUAAAUUACUGUAUCGGAUCAAAUUUUUCAAUAUCUGCGUAUUUUUAAUUGUGAC